AUGAACUACCAAGUCCUGAUCAGUGGUGAACAAGAUGCAAAGGUGGCCGAAAAGCGGCGAGCCGUGUACCUUCGACCUUUCCUAUUAUUCUGGCUCAAUUCUCUCUUCGCCGAAGUUAUCUUCCUGGCCGUCGGCAUCCUGAUUAUGACUGGAACUCGCGACCUCUUUUACAAAGUCAUGUGGACUGUUACGAUCAGAAGAGAGGGAUUGGAAACGUCUGGGUGGCUCUGGAUAGUCGACAGAAAGGUCGAGCUUCGAAAGCUCAAAGAGACAUACCAUCAUCUCCUCAAGGAGCUCCAGUGGCCUAGAGACUUGAAAACCUUGUCUACUCCCCUGAAGGCGCUCCUAGCAGAUCUUUUAGAUGAGCUCCAAGAACUCAAUCUCCCAAGGAUUGCGAGCACCUUACGUAUAUGCAUUAGGGCGGAAAACGCUGAAGCCACUGCAACUAGUUCUCGAUCUACUCUGGACGAGUUUACCACCGACCACUACUACAUGAGCCACUGGUUUUUCGAUCUGUUGGAAACCCUUCUCGAACGAGGACAUCUGUGGUGCGGCAGACUUGACAGUGAAGAGGAACUUACCAGUAUAUUCCAUUGUGAGGGUGCUACAACGGUGUUCACAAGCAGCGCAACUAGCUUUGACGACAUCCCUCGUCCCUGGAUGGCUCAAAAUUUCAUAUCUUGUGAGGUUAUUCCAGGAGCUCGGGCAGCGGAUGGAGUUACAGAACUGGUGCAUACAAUGGAAACAAUUCAUGGGAUUUGGUAUCCGGUGGGAAAUGCUAGCAGGAGAUUUCUAUUUCCAUGGGGCGACCAAUGA